AUGAAAUAGAAGGUUUCAUAGAUAUCUCCAGAUAAAUUAUAUGCUAGUUUAUUGAAAAGGAAGAACGAAUAAGAAUAACAGGCUCGUUUGAAAUCUCCAAUAGUGACUGCCAAUAAGUAUGGAUUUUCCAGUAACAGAAACAGUGGGGGAACUUCGAAAAUAGAAGCUAAGAAGGCAAGACCUGCGAGUGGAAAGGAUUUGAAGGAUGUGAGCAAGGUUUUGUUGAAGAAGACUCAUGCACGUUAAAAUAGCAAAUUAGUUGAAACAAAGGAGAAUUCUUAGAAUCUAUCAACAAGUGCUCUUUCGUUGUUGCUCAAAAUCAAAUAAGACAAGCAUGAAAAUAAACAAUCUCAAAUUUAAUAGCCAAAAGAUCUGUAUAACCAAGAAACAAUUCAAAAAAAGUAUUAAAAAUUAAUGGAAAUGACGAAAUAAUAACAAUAGUUAAUACUAAAACCUAAAUUAUUUAAGGGGCCACGUUCCAUAAGUAAUCCUGAUAUUUCGACUAUGCAAUUAUAAAUAGUGAAAGCAAACGGUUAAAGUGCUGCAGGUAUGCUCUAUAAUGGGUAAACCAAAACAAAUUAAGACAUAUACAAAUUAAUAUAGAAAUUUUGUCGCAGAGAGAAUGAUUGGUAUAUCCAAGUUUCUGAUGGUCAUGGAACCAAUGGGCAUUAAGUAGCCUAAUUUUUAUAGGAAGUACUUCCCCAAUUUGUUGAGCAAGGAGUAGUUCAUAUGACAUCCUGUUAUGAGAGAGAUAAAUAAAUCAAUUAAGUGCUUAAGAAUUGCUUUUUGUAGACAAGUGACGAAUUGAUGGAUAGUGGAAUUGAUAUAACAUACUCUGGGGCAACAACUGUUGUAGUGUUGUCUUUUGAUAAUGUGUUGUAUUGUGCAAAUAUUGGAGACAGUCGAGCAAUCAUAGGGAGAUUCGAUAACAAAUUAUCAGUUAUAGAAUUAUCCAAAGAUCAUAAGCCAGAUUGCUUUUUGGAAUAGGCUCGGAUUCUUUAAAGGGGAGGUAGAGUACAGGCUUAUAGUGAUGAGGAUGGGAAUCCCAUUGGACCAGCAAGAGUGUGGAAAUUGGAUGAGGAUGUGCCUGGAUUGGCAAUGUCAAGGAGUUUCGGGGAUUAUAUUGCUAGUUAAGUUGGAGUAAUUUGUGAGCCUGAGAUAAUUAAGCAUUCUCUGUUGCCAUGUGACAAGUUUAUUGUAGUUGCUUCGGAUGGAAUUUGGGAAUUUCUAUCAAAUGAAUAGGUUGUUGAGAUUGUUUAUGAAUAUUACAAGAGAGAUGACAGUUAAGGGGCUUGCUAGAAGUUGGUUUAAUUAGCAAGGGAAGCUUGGCAAAGAGAGGACGAAGUCAUAGACGAUAUUACAAUAGUGAUUGCCUUCAUUAAAUGA